AAACUUAAAUGCUUGAAUUCUAAAGCAGACUUUCUUCUUUUCUGAAGGCAACAUGUCAUCCAGUCAGGAAUCUGUUCUUCCUAGCUAUGAGACUGAAGAUAGCCAAGCAUCAAAACUGAUCAGAAAAUCGAAAGAGUCACCCUUUGUACCAAUUGGGGUGGCAGGCUUGAUUGCAGUUGUAGGCUACGGACUUUACAAACUGAAGCACAGAGGCAAUACAAAAAUGUCUAUUCACCUGAUUCACAUGCGUGUGGCAGCCCAGGGCUUUGUUGUUGGAGCAAUGACAUGUGGUGUGCUGUAUUCAAUGUAUCGGGAAUACCUGGCAAAACCCAAGGAGUAAGAAAAUUAUGACUGUAAUAUGCCCGGUGAUGGUCUAUAUAUCUUUAUAGACCUCACAUUGAGGUGUCACUUUCUUUUUAAUUUAAAAAAAAUAGAAGAGGGUAGGGGAAAUAAAAAAUUAAAAUAUGUGGUUCUGUAAUACUGUACAUAUCUUAUGCACGGCAUUGAACCUUUAGGUUGCCAAUCUGAAUCUAAUGUAAGUUGGUGGUGAUAAUACUACCAUAAUUUGUUGGCUCUUUUGGGCUGAGAUCAGUUCCUAAUGGGUAUUGUACAGCACAGUGUCUUUUCCUUUUCCCACCCCAUCUCCUUACACACAACUUACGGCAUUCUUGACCAGAAGUUCAAGGAUUGUGAAUAGGCCUGGAGACCAAACUGCCUUCUUAUAUCAAAGAUGGACCAUCCAAUCCAUGGCUGAAGCAGAUGGACAAGGUUGCAUGGAGAAGGUUGUACUCUGGCCUGUAGAUAAGAGGACUUCAGUCUCCAAGGCUGCAAUCCAGCACUUUCACUAGCACUAAACUCACCCAAAAUAAUUCUUAAACUUGAAUAGAACAAUGUUUUAAAAAAAAAUCUAUUUGUAGUUUUAUUUAAAGUAUGCAGUGAGCAUUCACUAGUGGAUAAAACUAUUUAAGCAUAUUUAUUACACUAUACAGUACUAAUAAUCAAGGCCCAGAAGCUCUAUUUUUAAUAGAUUAUUGAUGCAGCUUUUCAAAUGAUUGAAUUUGGUAACUGUUCACUUAUUUUUGCCAUUUUAGGUAUAUGAUGUAACACUUGUAAAUAGAACUAUGAAAACUAAAUCUGUACUGGAAGUGAUGCAAUUUAAAUAUGUUUUUAGAAUACCUGGCUUAAUUUGUGUGAUAUUACUGUUUCAAUGGAAGCCAUAGACGGUUUAGACCUUGGCCUCUAUCCUUGCUGUGAGAUCAUUAAGAGUGCUCUUCCAUUAGACAUUUAUGAUAACUUAAUUAAAAUCUAGUGUCCAAGACAAAUGUAUUAAUCAAGUGAAGCAGGAAUCUGUAAACUUCCACUUUCUCAAACUUGCUGGCAUUCCAUGGAGAUAACAUGGUGUCUAAUACAGUGUUUAUAAUAAAUAUGGUAAGCAUCUCCAA